GAAUUUUUUUUAUUUUUUUGCAUAAGAAAUUCACGCUAGCUCGCUAACUCUGCGGGUUCUCUGUGGAUGAUCCACACCCACCUUCACCUUUCACUAAAAUUCCCAUCAGUCCCCCCUCCCCUCUCCCAUCCCCUCUCUUUUAACAGCUUUCACCCCUCAUUCAUUCCAUCAUCUUUUCAUCCAACACACUCUUGUUUUUUCUUCCAAUUUUUAUCAACCCUUCCUCCUUAGUAUUUCGUGAUUGUUAUUCACACACUUAAUUCUCAUUUCGCCAUCCCCUCGAGACACUGGUCCUUUGGAUACCUCGAUCUUUCGUCGACGCGACCCGUGGUUUUACACUCUUUCAACAAUUCCACACGGCCUCUGCCAUCGAUCCGAUACCCCAAAUAUCCCCAUCCAUCUAUGACAAUCAGACCACAUCAAAUGAACAAUUUAUACACCAAGCAAUACACACUUUAAACCUUACGCCCCUCCUCCGCGAGUCAGUCGAUAUUCAACCAUCGAUCUGUGAAUCAUUUCGAAGCUUAAUACCGAGUGCGAAGCGUGCAGCCAAGUCAGAAGAGUUCCUCGAACACGAUGCCUGUCGCAGCCUUAAAUAUCUUGCCUGCGGGUGCAUCAUCCACAUCAACAAUAAGGAAGUCGUCCCUUGUUCCGGAGAAGAAGUACAAAUGUCAAUUUUGUAAUAGAGCUUUUAGCAGGAGUGAACAUCGUAGUAGACAUGAGAGAUCACAUACUAAGGAGCGUCCAUUCAAGUGCAUGAAGUGUAGAAGUACCUUUGUGCGACGCGAUUUGUUGCUCCGACAUGAUCGAACCGUACACGCCAAAGAUGGAGGUAUUCCUUUGCACAGUGAUGUAAAGCGACGUGCCGGCCCCAAGGCAUCUGUUGUAUCCGGCUCCGCCAAAUCAGCCAUCGCUAUUGACGCAUCGGCCCUUGAACAGAUCGAGGCCAGUAGUGAUGGGUUAGUUGACCUAGAGACUGCCGCUAUGUUGAUGACCGACCUUCACCACAAAGCUACCGCAGCAAUGCGCAAUGCAGGCGUAGGCCCAUAUGAGAAUAGACCUGGAAUGGCUUUCUCUCAUAAUGGAACUCCGCUCAUGGAACCAUCCGUCACAUAUCCUUCGGGGGCAAUUUCGCUUCCCCAAGUCCCGUGGGAUUCUUUCAUGCCGCAGUCUGUAACGGAGCCAAAGUCUCAUUCAAUCACCUCGGGCGCUUCUGGUUCUCAAGAUUCCCAGGCGUCUUAUACAAGUGGUAGUACGAUGCAACCUCAUCCUAAUCAGCUUCCACCCAUCGUAAAACACAAGGCGUCGUCAAGCUACAAUGGACUCGUCCCCGCGUUACAGUCUAUGAUCGAUUCAUUGCCACCGUCAAUGGCUUCCACCCCCCAACUGUCACCAAUACAGCCCCGUUCCGAAGCAGCAGCGAUGAGAGCACCCCAAGUCACUGGCGACGAAGAACGCAACAUCAUCUUGGACAACAUCCGAGGCCAUGAUAGUGAACGAGCAAUUCCAGAAGGAUUUCGUCUCCCCCCUUUGGCAUCGUUGAACCGAUUCCUUUCGACCUACUUCAGCCUGUUCCACCAUCACCUACCUUUCUUGCACCCUUCAACUUUUAAACCAACGCAGGUCUCACCACCACUUCUUCUUGCUGUGUUAUCCAUCGGUGCUCUUUAUGCCUUCGAUCAAGAUCAUGCAUACAUGAUGCACAUUGGUUCCAAGGUUCUCGUAAACCAGUUCUUACAAAACAAGGAGAAUUUCAGCUCACGUAAAUGUCCUUUGUGGACCAUGCAAAGCUCGCUUCUCAAUAUGAUUUUCGCAAGCUGGAGUGGGGAUCCAAAAGGAUUGGAAUGGGCUUGCUCGAUCAAGAGUUUACUUGCCAACAUGGUUGCUGGCAAUCGUUAUGAGCUGAAGCUUCGAACCGAUGCUCGAGAAGGUGCUGCGCCCACCAGAUCCGAAUGGGUGGAAGAUGAGGGCUGUCGACGAACGUACUAUGCGGUAUACAUCUUCUUUGGCUUACUGACAUUGACAUACAACCAUACGCCCGCUAUCAGUUUCAACGAGUUUGAAGAUCUACAGCUUCCCUCGACUGAAGCGAUGUGGAAUCUUAACGUUUCCGACGAAGCUACCUGGAAGGAACACCUCAAAGCUGCCGAUAUACCAUCAUUCAUGGACGCUCACGAUAACCUGUUCCAGGGUGAAUCCUUACGUUACAGUGCUUUUGCAACUCGUGUUAUGAUCAAUGCACUCUUCCUUGAGAUCUGGUACCAUAAGCGCAGCCCGGAAGCACUUCAAGAUAUGGUCUUGGAAUUCAAGCUCCGUCUUGCAUUGGAGACCUGGGAGAAAUCGCUCGACCUUUGUGAACCGGAGAUUGUUUCAGUGCCACUCAAUGCCCCUCACAAAGGACAUCCAUUAAUCUUCAAUGCUAUGGCCCUAUUCCGCAAUGCUAAGGCUCGUCUUGAGGUUGACCUCAAAUCAAUUCAAGAAGUUCUGAGGUAUCACGACUCUUAUGAAGUUGCUGCUGCUAUGUCAAAUGCUAGGGACAAGGUCAAGAGGUCCAGCGAGAUGAUCAAGGUCAUCCAAGAAUGCUACAACUGCAUUGAAACUGCAGCCGUUCAAGGAAUCCGUUGGGUUGCUAGGACGUCGGCUACCAACUGGAGCAUCGAGCAUCCUCUUUGUGGCUUGGAUCUCAUGGUCAUCCUCAGCUUGUGGCUCUAUCGCCUGGAAAAUGACGAGGAGCCUCCAACUGAGGAGGAAACGGCCAUGCAAGACAAGAUCCGAGCCCUCUUUGACGAUGAUUCUGUAGGCUAUAGCUCCAAGCUUAGCUCUACUGUCGCUCGUGUAUGGGGUAGUAUGCUUGACGAAGUUGUUGUUUGGGGAAUCACAAAGCUCAUGGGUGACUCAUUCCGACUUCAUUCUCAAGCUCUUGUCGGCUACGAGGACGACAUGGAAGUGUCGGACGUGUCAACGCCCUCCAUGAUCUCUCAAGGAAUGGAUGACGCUGAUGAUAGCGUGUACUAAGAUUGAGUUCUUUUUUAAUGAUUGCUAUGAUUUCCUUUUUAUUUUCCUUGUUAGACUCGGUUUUGAUAUCCCUCAUCUCUUUUCAUCUCACACUAUUGGCUUUGACGAGGGUCGACGGUUUAUCUUUAGCAUUUCCUUUUCCCUUUCUUUGCAUAUAGCGAUUUUACUUUCGGAUAUUUAUUUUUCAUGAGCAAAUCUUUCUCGGGGUCACGGGCAACAAUACGGGGCUGGUCGGGCAUACUGGGCUUUUCUUCACUUUCGUCUCAUAUAUCAUCGCGCUCUCGCGCACCUAAUGUCUCUACACUCAUACUCAUGGCUGGCCCACUGGUGUUGCUUCUGCCCUUGUCCUAUUAGCAUUACCAAUUUUUAAUUGUUUUUGUUUCUCCUCUCCGUCAUCCAUUUCAGCUCAGAUACCUUAUACCUUGUUCGAUAUACAUCUGGUUUUUUGAGUUUGUUUUUACUUUCUCUCUUCUUUUGCGCUUUCUUGGUCAUAGUUAUUUGCGAAAUGUUUUGAUGGAUUUUAUUUGCAUGAAGGAGAGGCGGAAAUUGGAAUUGGUUGGUUGGUUAGUACUUGAGAAAUGGCAACUUGGGCACGAAAGGUUUAAUGUCACCCGAUGGUGACUGGUGAUUGGGCUGAUCGGUGUAUGUAUAGAUAGUCAGUAUCUCAGCAUUCUUGGUCUAAUCGUAGCUUCUCUUGCAAAGCGAGGCGGUAUUCCAGCGUCUUAUCAUUCAAUGUUAUAUGUCUACUCCUACA